UUAAAGUAACGAAUAACGACUAGGCAACAGGGUGAAUACUUAGCCGCGUUCGUACUUUGCAAUUUUGAUAUUUGGUAAUGAAAGUUAUCUUAAAGAUGUUUUUGUAGAAAAAAUCAGUUGUCGUAGUUCUUGUCUCAAGUCAAGUACCUAAAAUAACUCAACAAUACAGGUUAUUUUACUUGGAUAAUUCUUAAAAAGAUCUGACAAGUAACAAUAAGCAAAAUGAGCUUAGAGUCGAUCAGAUAUGAACGAGGUAGGUUAGAAAUACUUGACCAAUUAUUAUUACCGUUACAAACACGAUAUAUAAAAGUGCAAGGGGUUGAAGAUGGAUGGAAAGUUAUUAAUAAAAUGCAGGUGCGAGGGGCCCCUGCGAUAGCAAUUGUUGGUUGUUUAUCAUUGGCCAUAGAAAUUCUUAAAGAUGAUUGUGUAGACAAAAAAAUUAUGAGACAAGAGAUUGAAGGCAAAUUAAACUAUCUUGUGUCAGCACGACCGACAGCUGUGAACAUAAAAUUAGCAGCAGAUGAGCUUAUUAAUUUGGCAAAUAGUUUAAGUGCAGACGAAAAUGUUACAGCUGACGAUUUCAGAGAGAGAUUCAUACGAAACAUAGAAAGCAUGUUGAUAAAAGAUAUAGAAGAUAAUAAAGCAAUUGGAAAGUUUGGAUGUGAAGCGAUAUUAAAGAGAUUAGAAGGAGACAGUCAUGUAAGAGUACUGACUCACUGUAACACAGGAUCAUUGGCUACAGCUGGAUAUGGCACGGCAUUGGGAGUUAUAAGGUCUUUACACGCAGCAAAACGGUUAGAACAUGUAUACUGUACUGAAACACGUCCAUACAAUCAGGGAGCAAGGCUUACUGCGUAUGAGCUUGUCCAUGAGAAGAUUCCCUCUACUCUGAUCGUAGAUAGCAUGGUAUCGGCCCUGAUGCAUGCCCGAAAUAUCACCGCCGUAGUUGUUGGUGCUGAUAGGGUGGCCGCGAAUGGCGAUACAGCUAACAAAAUAGGAACAUAUCAAAUAGCGAUCGUAGCGAAAUACCACAAUGUGCCUUUUUAUGUCGCUGCGCCUUUGACCUCUAUAGAUAUGUCCCUCAAAUCUGGAGAUAGGAUCAAAAUUGAGGAACGACCGGAUAGAGAAAUGACCCAUAUUGGAGAACAUAGGAUAGCUGCACCUGGUAUAAGUUGUUGGAAUCCAUCAUUCGACGUAACACCAGCUUCAUUAAUUACGGGAAUAAUAACAGAGAAAGGAGUUUAUUCUCCGGGCAAAUUGCACGAAGCUGUCCCUUAGGAAUUUACUUACAGGAUAAUAUAUUUUUAUGGUUCCUAAAAUAUAAUAUAAAACAGUUAUAUUAUUGUGCUAUGGUAAUUGUUAUAAUUGUAUUACAAUAUAACAUGGUAUAUUAUUUUUAAACAUUUACUCAGAUGCUUAGCAAAGAAGUAAGUUAUUGUUUCAAUUGAUUUAAAUAUAAUCAAUCAUUUCCGCAUUGCUUUAAAAUUGAUAGUUUUAUAUACAAUAUAUGUAAACGAUAACUAGGUAUUAAUA